CUUGGAACCACACGGCGUCAUAUUAAGGCGUCACUAAUUUUUGCAGUUCAACAGAACAGUGUUUACAGUUGCAGCGUUUAAACAUGCAAGAGGAAUUAUGAACAAGAAAAGUCAGGAUUGCUCCCUACUUGGGUUUAUUUCUGGAGAAGUGUCUAAAUAGCCCUUACAUGGCCACUUUUGGUCCCAGAUCAGAUCAGUCCCAACUGGUUUUACUGUUGCUGGGUGAGACAGAAAGUGGAAAGAGCUCAGCAGGAAAUGCCAUCCUCUCAGGAAGAGCCUUUAAAGGGAAAACCACCCGUAGCUGCAGGAGAAACGCCACCGUCUUAGGGUUCCAGGUGGCAGUGGUUGACACCCCAGGGUGGAUGCCCAACUCCACUACUCCACACUGGGUGUCUAAGGAGUUGGGGAGAGCUCUCACCUUGUGCCACCCAGGACCCAAAGCCAUCCUGCUGGUGCUGUCCACCUCCUCCGUGUUUGGUCAGGACGGGUGGAGAGCCAUGGAGGCUCACCUCAGACUGCUUGAAACACCCAUCUGGAGUCGAGCUAUCAUCCUAUUCACUCACGGGGACCAAUUAGGACACCUGUCAAUCCAGGAGCAUAUACAGCGACAGGGUGGGACUCUGCAGUGGCUGCUAGAGCGAUGUGGGCACCGGUACCAGGUUAUGUCGAGCCAAUCCAGUAUCUCACAGUUUCACGUUGGACAACUCAUUUGGAAGAUUCGGAAGAUGGCAGAGGUUUCAGAGCAGAUCAGAGAGAUAUCCUGCAGAGUGAGAACCCAGCUUGGAGUUCUGAAUGUGAGGGUGGAGCAGCGGUGGAACACGAGGCAGCAGAUAUAUGAUAAUCAUCCAGGACAAAGACGAAAGAUUGGCUCAGGAGUGCAAAGAGGCACAGACGGUUUGAGGCCUGCACUCAGCUUCAUCCUGCUGGGAAGGAGAAAAUCAGGGAAGAGCUCCGCAGGCAACAUGAUCCUGGGCAGAGAGGAGUUUCAGAGAGACAAAAAGACAGUUCAGUGCGAUGCGGGGCACGCAGAGAUCUCAGGGUGGUCUGUGACGGUGGUGGACACUCCUGGGUGGAGUCUGUUUGGUCAGGCUAAACCUACACAGGUGAGGAGAGAGAUCCUGAGGAGUCCAUCGUUCUGUCCUGCUGGGAGCAAAGUGAUCUUCCUGCUGGCUGUUCCUGUGGACUCAUUCUCAGAGAAGGACAGGAAGGCUGUGGAGACGCAUGUCAGAUUGCUGGGGGACGGCGUGUGGGGGAGCUGUGUGGUGCUGUUCACCUAUGGAGACACACUGAAGGGAAGGACAAUUGAGCAUUACAUAAAAAAGAAGGAAAAGUCUCUGCAGUGGGUGCUGGACAUGUGUGACCAAAGGCAUUAUGUUUGUGAUACGAACAUGAGCGACCCCACUCAAGUGGAACAGCUUCUUGAGAUGGUAUACAAACAGAAUUUUAAAACCUGACUUUUUCCCUAAAUUAAAACUAAAUUUUUCUUAUCUGGGUCCAUGAAGACUCUUGUACUGACACAGUUCUUUUUAACCGUCUCCGAGUCACGAUGGUUUCUGCGGGAUUCACCUACUGUCUUUGAACGUUUGAUAAAUGUGCAGGAAACAUUGAUAUCUCCAGAAAAGAUUUAAAUUUUUUACAGGUUUGUUCCGUCUGUGUGCUGUGUGUCACAAAGUGUGCAAAGACCAAAUAUCCAGUUCUAAAUCUUUCCACAAAGUGAGUUGAUUACAUACUUAGUUGACUGGCAGGAGAGUAGUGUGUACUGUAUGUGUGACGAAAUGAAAAUAAUCCAGAUGCAUUGCAGGAUGAGGUCUGAUAACAUGUUAUGGAUGGCUCAUUAAAUGUGCCACAGAGGCCAGGCUCCACCAUUAAGUAAAUAAUUUUGGCCUGAUCCGACCUGAAUUUUGAGCUGUAGAGCUAAAUUCUAACAAAAAAUGUGUCUUUUUAACGAGUAAUUUGAAGAAUAAACAAUCUGAAUUGCCGUGUUCUAAAUAAAAUAAUUUUGUU